UGAAAAAGAGUCAAAAGACCAUGAAGUUCGCAUCACAUACAAUUGCAUGGUCUAAUAAGUUUAUAUUUAGUUAUUACAAAAGAAGAUGCAUGUAACGUUGGAUCUUGAACAUAUCCAAAGACUUUGGGCUUUCAGGGUAUCGUAAAUAAACAUAUAUAAUUUUUUUUUUAAAAAAAAAACAAGUUGAAGAAAGAAAGGUGAGAAUUAAAUGCGAGAGAGAUCUUCUUAUUAAAUGCGUUAUCUUCGUUUGCACAGAUCGUGAAGUUCACCACUUUACCGUCUUCAUACCUGGAAAUUUCUUCGCUACGCGUUCCACUCUUCACCAAACACCCAAACCCUCUCUCUCUCUCUCUCUCUCUCUCUCUCUCUCUAUACACACACAUAUAAACGAAUAUAUGAUACAUGUGUAUGCAACUACCACCGCAAGAAAAGCUCACAGAUUUCCACAGUUUUCGGCCAAAUAUUUUCUGGGUAUAUAUAUAUAUCGUUGAUUUUCUUGUGUUUGGUCUGAAAACGCGAUAAAAGAUUAAGGUUCAUAUAUAUAUAUGGAGGUCGAAAUCAAAAGCACAGGAAUGACGACGACGACAAUAACAACAAAGGCGGAUCAAGUCGAUGAAAAGAAGAAGACGAGAGAGCAGGUGAAUGGUCACGAUCUCGGACAAGAACUUGUUGAAGAGGUUAAUAUACGACAAGAACAUGAUCUGGAGAUGGAGCCUUCAACACGGACACCAGAAGAAACGCGUCUCGAUUCUAAGAACGGUAAAACGGCGAUGAAGAUGACGACGGAUGACAAGAAAUUCAGAGCAAAAAACCCGGAAAUGACAGAAAAGGAAGAUCAGAAUGAUAAUUUGGGACAGAUCCCAGAAAAAUCCAAAACAGAAGAUCCUCAGGAGGAGAGUUUCGGACAAAACCCAGAAGAGAAAAGGCAAGAGGAUGAUCAUAAGCAUCUGAGCAAGACGACGAAAUCACAUGUCUGGGACUGCGGAAGCACACUCUACGACUCGUUCGAGCUCAACUCGUUCAAGCGCCAACUCGACUCGGCCAUCUCCGCCGCCUCCGCUAGGUCCAUGUCCAUGCCCCACCUCCCCAACCGCCGUCUUCCGCCCUCCGUCACGGCGGAGUUGGCGGAGGCGGCUCCUCGUCCUCCUCCGCCGCAGAAAUCCUCCUCCUCCUCCUCCGGCAAGAUAAAACCCUCGAACAAGAUCUCACGGUCUCUCCAGAAGCUCCUCAAGUCCGUAUUCAGGCUGAAACAUCACAACCACAGCUCGUCGUGGUCGUCGACCUCGUCAUCAUCAGCUCCUUCCUCGCCGGCGUUGAAGGCGAUUCACGGAGCCGAUGUGGAUCGAUACUACGUCGUUUACGACAAGUCGGGGUCUCUGACGACGAUUCCGGAGUCUGCGGAGACAGAUGUAUGUCCGCCGGAGAUUUCUUCGCUUGUCCGGAAAACGGCCUCGGAGAGAUUCACGGCGGCUCGCGUAGUUGGUAUUUCAUGUGCUUGAUUAUCAUUAUUAUUAAUAUAAAAUAUUAUGUAAUUACAUAUGCCUCCUGUAAUAUGAUAUGGUACGACUCCAGAGUCCUUAAAAUAGUUUAGCCUGUUGCUUGCGGUUAUGGCCUAUGGGUGCUAAUAAAAUUUUAAUGACUUCUUUUUUUA